AGCAUUGUGUUUCUACAGCUGGGACUUAUUUUAGUGAUUGUAUUGCACCGCGUAUUACAUGCAAACAACUGGGAUCUGAUCACAAAAAGCCAUGCUAAUGGCUUUCAUUAAAAGAUGUUGUUUCUGUAAGGGGAAGAAAGACUUGUCUUCAAAAUGAACUAUUGUGUACUGUGUGCAAAAAACUUGGUGAAAAAGGAUUUUUUCCGACUUCCUGAUCCAUUUGCUAAGGUUGUGGUGGACGGAUCUGGCCAAUGCCAUUCUACAGAUACUGUGAAGAAUACACUUGAUCCAAAAUGGAAUCAGCAUUACGACCUAUAUAUUGGGAAGUCGGAUUCAAUAACAAUCAGUGUGUGGAAUCACAAGAAAAUUCAUAAAAAGCAGGGAGCUGGUUUUCUGGGUUGUGUGAGACUUCUUUCAAACGCGAUCAACCGCCUUAAAGACACUGGUUAUCAGAGAUUGGAUCUGUGCAAGCUUGGGCCAAAUGACAAUGAUACUGUUAGAGGACAGAUAGUAGUAAGUCUUCAAUCCAGAGACCGAAUAGGCACAGGAGGACAAGUUGUGGAUUGCAGUCGGUUAUUUGAUAAUGAUUUACCAGACGGGUGGGAGGAGCGGAGGACUGCUUCUGGAAGGAUCCAGUAUUUAAAUCAUAUUACACGAACAACUCAGUGGGAGCGACCAACACGGCCAGCAUCUGAAUACUCCAGUCCAGGCAGACCGCUGAGCUGUUUUGUGGAUGAGAACACUCCAAUUACAGGAACGAACGGUGCGACCUGUGGGCAGUCGUCAGAUCCCCGGCUGGCCGAGAGGAGAGUCAGGUCACAGAGGCACAGAAAUUACAUGAGCAGGACACAUUUGCACACUCCUCCUGAUUUACCUGAAGGAUAUGAGCAAAGGACGACUCAGCAAGGUCAGGUGUAUUUUCUGCAUACUCAAACUGGUGUUAGCACGUGGCACGAUCCAAGAGUACCUAGGGAUCUUAGCAACAUCAAUUGUGAAGAGCUUGGUCCACUGCCUCCUGGAUGGGAGAUCCGAAAUACAGCAACAGGCAGAGUUUAUUUUGUUGACCAUAACAACAGGACGACGCAGUUUACAGAUCCACGGCUAUCUGCUAACUUGCAUUUAGUCUUAAACCGGCAGAAUCAGCUCAAAGAUCAGCAGCACCAGCAGCAGCAGCAGGUAGUGUCCCUCUGUCAGCUGCCAGACGAGGCAGAAUGUCUGACUGUGCCGCGGUACAAGCGAGACCUCGUGCAGAAACUCAAGAUCCUGAGGCAAGAGCUGUCGCAGCAGCAACCUCAAGCUGGCCAUUGUCGUAUUGAGGUCUCCAGGGAAGAGAUUUUUGAGGAAUCCUACAGGCAAGUCAUGAAGAUGAGGCCAAAAGACCUGUGGAAACGAUUAAUGAUAAAAUUUCGUGGGGAGGAAGGCCUUGAUUAUGGAGGUGUUGCCAGGGAGUGGCUCUACCUAUUGUCCCAUGAAAUGUUGAAUCCGUAUUAUGGUCUCUUCCAAUAUUCCCGAGAUGAUAUCUAUACACUGCAAAUCAACCCAGACUCUGCAGUCAACCCGGAACACUUAUCCUAUUUCCAUUUUGUUGGACGGAUAAUGGGGAUGGCCGUGUUUCAUGGACACUAUAUCGAUGGGGGCUUCACGUUGCCUUUCUAUAAGCAGUUGCUAGGGAAGCCAAUUACUUUGGAUGAUAUGGAAUUGGUUGACCCUGAUCUUCACAACAGCUUAGUCUGGAUACUUGAGAAUGAUAUCACGGGCGUCUUGGACCAUACGUUUUGUGUAGAACACAACGCAUAUGGAGAAAUUAUUCAACAUGAACUGAAACCCAAUGGCAAAAGCAUCCCUGUGACAGAGGAAAACAAAAAGGAAUAUGUCAGACUUUAUGUAAACUGGCGGUUUUUACGAGGAAUUGAAGCUCAGUUUCUGGCUCUACAGAAGGGAUUUAAUGAAGUAAUCCCACAACAUCUGCUGAAGACAUUUGAUGAGAAGGAGUUAGAGCUCAUCAUUUGUGGACUGGGAAAAAUUGAUGUUAAUGACUGGAAGGCAAAUACUAGGUUAAAACACUGUACCCCAGACAGCAACAUCGUGAAAUGGUUCUGGAAAGCUGUGGAGUUUUUUGACGAAGAGAGGCGAGCGCGACUUCUCCAGUUUGUGACCGGCUCAUCCCGAGUGCCUCUGCAGGGCUUCAAGGCACUACAAGGUGCUGCAGGCCCACGACUAUUUACAAUACACCAGAUUGAUGCCAGCACUAAUAAUUUGCCGAAAGCUCAUACCUGCUUUAACCGAAUAGACAUUCCUCCUUACGAAAGCUAUGACAAGCUAUACGAGAAGCUGCUAACUGCCAUUGAAGAAACAUGCGGGUUUGCUGUGGAAUGA